AUAUAAACAAAAAGCCAAAACACAGCUGACAAUAAAUACAAACUCCCAAAUAAAUUUAAUUACACAAAAUGCUACAAUUCCUGCGCAAUCUGCCGAAAAUCGAGCUGCACGCUCAUCUAAAUGGCAGUUUGAACAUUGACAGCAUCCGCGAAUUGGCGGCGAAAGUUUAUGGCGUUCAGACAAAAGAAUUUUCUACAUUAUGCGAGCGUUUCAUUAAAUUCGAGAAGGGCGCGAAGUUGGACGACUGCUUCGAAAAGUUUGGCUUCGUGCAUGAGCUGACUUCCACCAAAGAGGGUCUGGAGUACGCCACCGAAUUGGUUAUACGGGACUUCGCCAAGGAUAAUGUCAUAUAUGUGGAGCUGCGCACCACGCCCAAGGCGAACGGAAAUAUGUCCCGUCGUUCGUAUCUGGACACCGUUCUGGGUGUCAUAAAAAAGAAGUCCGAUCUGUAUAAGAUCAAGGUAAAAUUACUGCCGUCCAUAAACCGUGCCGAGCCAGUGGCCGUGGCUGAGGAAACUGUCGCCUUAGCGGUGGAACUAGCCACAGUCGAGCCAGAAAUUAUAGUUGGGAUUGAUUUUAGCGGAAAUCCGAAUCAGGGCAAUUUUAAGGACUUCAUACCAGUAUUAAGCAAGGCACGAAACCAUGGUCUAAAGCUGGCCAUGCAUUGUGCCGAAGUGGAUAAUCCAGUAGAGAUUAGAGAGAUGAUUCGCUUUGGCAUGUCGCGCUGCGGCCAUGGCACAUAUUUAUCUGACUCUGGUUUCGAGCAUAUGAAGGAGGAAAAUAUACCCAUUGAGUGCUGUUUGACGAGCAACGUCAAGUCCGGAACUGUGGCCAACAUUGGGGUUCAUCAUCUCAAGCAGCUGAUGGCAACAUGUGCACCAAAAGUUCUUUGUACUGAUGACAGUGGCGUAUUCGAUACGACAUUAUCGGACGAAUUCUUCCUGGCAACAGAAUCUUUCGGUUUGACCAAGAGUCAAUGCAUCGCGCUGACAAUGGAGGCGGUGGAGCAUGCGUUUGCCACUAGAGAAGAGAAACUAAUGCUGAAAAUGCAGAUUUAUAAAUAUACAAGGCUUCAGAAUAAAUAAAAUGU